CUCAUUCUCAUUCUCAUUCUCAAUACAAACAAAAUGCACAGACUUUUUUUUACUCCCCCCUCCUUCUCGAUAUAACUCCAAGCACACCCACAAACAAUACACACACAAAUGAAACAUAAGAACUCACCACUUUCAUUUUUAGAAGAACCAUAAGUAUCACCUCCUUCCUCAAAUAAACAACACACACAACAAUAUCAGUUAUCCCACAAUACACACACACAGACAACAACAUCCUCUUCUCUCUCGUUCACACCCCCCUGCUCGAUCUGCCUGAUCACUGGGCUCCGGCGAUGGUGACGGCCGACAGGCGGAGCCGCCGCCUCUCACGGCGGUGGCGGUGGUGAUUUUGUUCAGCCGACAACCCCUCCCCCUUCUUCUUCUUCUCCGCUGAUGUGCAACCGGGGGCGACAACAACCACCACCACCGUCUGGUGGUGGUGCGGCGACUCACACUGGGGCCGAGAGAGAGAGAGACCGAGACCGAGAGAGAGAGACCGAGAGAGACAGAGAACCGGCGGUCGGAGUCUCGGACCGCCGGUCGGUUCGUUUGUCCGGUGGUCGGUGUGAUUAUCCGGCGAGUAUAACAGUUUUCUGGCGGACCUUGUUUUUAUCCGACGGAUUUCGCCAUUUUUCGGGCGAUGGAGGUUCUCCGACGAACCAGUUGUUCCGACGUCAGCAGGUGGUCGCCGGAUUUAGCGACGAUGGUGGCGGAUCCGAGUCCAAUUUGUUCUCCGGGGCUCGGGUUCUGAUUUCAGCUUCGAAUUGUCGGUCCAAACUGGUCACAGUCAACAGUUCGGGUCUCAGUCAAAACUGGUCAACUGCGGUUCAGGUUCGGGAUUGUUAUUCGGUUCGGAUGUGAGUCAGCAGGUCGGGUUCCGGCUCGGUCAACCUUGGUCAGCGGUUCGGUCAAAGCCAGUCAACGGGCCAGCUUGGUUUGGGUCAAAACAUGAAGCGGUUUAACCGAAUUAACUCGGUCAAACUGGAUCAACUCAGUCAACGUGAGUCAACCCAGUUGACUCGGUCAACUCGGUCAGCAUGUUCGGCAUAUCGACACGCGAAGAUUGGAAAAGAUUUUACGGCGUGAAUUAUUUCGUUAUUUUAUAGCUUUAUUUAUUUUCGCGUGAUAAUGAGCUCGAACCGAUGUGAUUAUAGUUUACGAAAUAUUUGGCUAAUUUGAUAUAUAUAAUGAUUGAAUCUUGUUGAA